CAUCAGUCGAAUUCCCCAUCGAGCAGAGCACCACUCGGGAAUCCUAAAGCGACUUGGGACGAUCCAGCGGGGGAAAACCCUCACCAUCCGAAUCUAGAGGAUUAGGUCAUCCCAUCGACGCAUGCCCGCUUCCUCCGGCAGCAGAUGCCUACAUCAGACACGCGUUCGGAUUCGUGCACGGAGAUCAGAACUACCAUGCACGCACGUGCGCGUGGAGACGCCGACUGGUUUCGGAAGUCCCUUGCAUCCCAUCACCGUACCGAGGUUCCAUCCGGCUGGUCGCGAGAGAGGCCCAGGUGGUUGUAUAAUUACCUUGUCGUGCAGCCGGGGAGCUCGACGGGACCUUCAUUGACCAGUUCUUUCGAAGAGAUCGGCCUCCGAUGCGAGUGGGAAAAGCGGUGUCCUUUUGCACCCGGGGGACGAGGACGAGUUGGCCUCUCUUACUGGUCCUGUCCGCUUCGUGCUGCGCCGACGACCCUCCUCUCCAGCGACAAGUUUUGCACGAUGAUAUCCGACAGCUCGUUAAUAUCCGUCCGUAGACGGGAUAAAUGUCCGAAAAAGAAAAAUCGACAGCGAGCCAUCUCCAUGCAAUGCUGCUUGACCGUCUGCACGUUACUGGAGCUCGCUUCUCUUACCCCUCCUUCAUAUCUGGAAUCCGUCUCCGUCCUCCAAUGGUCUUCCUCAUGGAGCAUUCUCAAGCAUUCAUACCUGCAGAGGACUUUCAGAAUGCGAGCCGACGCGGAAUUUGUGUGACAAGGCUGCUUCUCACUACCGUCCGUUUUGUCCAGGCAUAGGUAUGAGCGAAAUUGGACUUGCGCGUGUGCCGGUUAGUGGUAAUACGGGCGAAGAUUGGGUGCACAUUAACGGGUUUGGGACUAUUAUUGCCGGUUAAUGCCUCCUCCUCGGCCUGCCUUUGCGAUAAUUCUCACCAUAUUUGUCGACGUGCGCUGAGCUUCCCGAGCCUGCUGCCCCACGAGGUCGGGUUGUUCCCAACUCGAAAGACCCUAUGAUUCAUCAUUUCUCCUCUAAGGGCGGGGAUCGGAUGGGAUUCCGUCUAUCGGCUCGGGCCUGCCGGUGAUGGGCUGCGAGGGAGGUUAAGGG